AACACCUGGAGCACAGCUCUCCCCUGGACCUUUGUGCAGAAGGUGGCUCUUAGCUGCGGGUAGACAAGGAUUGAGCCAGAGAAGGAGUACAGAGCAGAGCCAUGAAUAUUAUCUUGGAUCUCCUCCUUCUUCUGCUCACCAUCAUCUACUCCUAUUUGGAGGCAUUGGUGAAAAUUUUCAUUCCCCAAAGGAGAAAAUCUGUGGCUGGGGAGACUAUCCUCAUUACAGGAGCCGGACAUGGAAUAGGCAGGUCGACUGCCUAUGAAUUUGCAAAACGGAAGAGCAGACUGGUUCUGUGGGAUAUUAAUAAGCACAGUGUUGAGGAAACAGCAGCUGAAUGCAGAAAACUGGGGGCCACCGUGCAUGUAUCUGUCGUAGACUGCAGUAACCGAGAAGACAUUUAUAACUCUGUAAAGCAGGUAAAGAAAGAAGUAGGAGAUGUAACCAUCUUGGUGAAUAAUGCUGGGGUAGUAUAUCCAGCUGACCUUCUUAGUACCAAGGAUGAAGAGAUUACCAAAACUUUUGAGGUCAACAUCCUAGGACAUUUUUGGAUCACAAAAGCACUUCUUCCCUCAAUGAUGAAGAGAAAUCAUGGCCACAUCGUCACAGUGGCUUCAGUGUGUGGCCAUGGGGUGAUUCCAUAUCUUAUUCCAUAUUGUUCCAGCAAAUUUGCUGCUGUUGGCUUCCACAGAGCUCUGACAUUAGAACUUGAAGCCUUGGGAAAAACUGGAAUCCAAACCUCGUGUCUCUGCCCAGUUUUUGUGAAUACUGGGUUCACCAAAAACCCAAGCACAAGACUAUGGCCUGUAUUGGAGACAGACGCAGUUGCAAGAAGCUUGAUAGAUGGAAUACUUACCAAUAAGAAAAUGAUUUUUGUUCCAUCAUAUAUCAAUCUACAUCUAAUACUAGGAAGAUUUCUUCCUGAACGUGCCUUGGCAGCUAUAAAUCGUUUACAGAAUAUUCAGUUUGAAGCAGUGAUUGGCCACAAAACCAAAAGGAAGUGAAUAAACGAGCUCCAGCCAGAAAUGCAGCUUAAUGAUGUAAAUCUCAGUUUAGAAUUAAUGCUUCAAAGCUUUAUGACACAUUUUUCAAUAAUGUUAAUAAUAAAAACAUUGGUUUGACAUUA